UUGUUCACUAGCUAGUCCUCGCUUGCACUAGUUCAGUUCGUGUGAACUCAGUGCAGCUAUAAAGAACAGACCUAAAAUUAGAAAGAUCAGAAAGAUGAUCGUAAACUACAAUCUCUCGCAAUCUUCUUUCCGAUAAUAUCAAAUAGAUUUAAUAAGUAAUGUCACAAUCUAGAAUUUGGCAAUAUGGUAUACCGUUUAUGAUUUUUAUACUCGGCGGAUCGUUUGGCCUUCGAGAAUUUACGGAGUUACGGUAUAGAUAUAAAAGUACAAAUGACUAUUCAAUUCGGGACGAAUUAGAGAAAAAAGGAAUCGAGACAAGACCAUUAGAAGAAAUCACCUUAGAAAAAGAAUACGAGAAAUUAGAAAAGGUGGAUCUAGACAAUUGGAAGAACAUUCGAAUACCGAGACAAUGGGAAGAACCAGAAAAUACAAAGGUUUAGUUAUCAAUUAAAAAAUUUUUACUGUAAUUUGUCCGUAUACGAUUAACAUAAUGAGCAAUAUAUAAUUAAUUUUUAUCAGUUUUUACAAGAGAUAUUUGUGUGACCACCUUUAGUUACAUAGAUUCUUACUAAAUAAUUAUAUAAGAUAAUUAAGAGAUAACAUAAUAAAACAAAUAAUUACAGCUUUGCAUAAUCUGUUUUGCUUAAUACUGAACAAAAAGAUUACUAACAAUAAAAAUUACAAAAUUCCCAUUUCUGAAAGAAUGUUAAAUAUUAGAUUUUACAUAAUGAUUGUGUGUGUAUAUAUGCGCGCACGCGCGCUUACAAUCUUGGAAAGAUAUUUUAAGUUACUAUCAUAAACAUUUGUAAUGAGUAUUUUAAUCGAUCACAUAAUUAAUUGAGUACAUAAUUUGAGAUUUUACAAUUAAACUAAGAGCUUUAAAAUAUUCUCUGAAUACAACUAUUUAGAUCACAAAGAUAACUUUCCCUAUAUAUAGAAUUAUAAUUUUUAAUAAGCCAUAUUCAAUUUUAUAGUCAAAUCAUUUUUAUAUCAAUUUCGUAUUUGAUUCCAUAUAAAAUAAACUAAACCCUUUUUUCUCACAGUUAGAGGUCAUACAUAUCUAACAUAAAUUCUAAGAGGAUAAUUUUACCUCGUGAGUCACAUGAUAUAAUGAUAUUUAAGAAACUUUCUAAAGAAAUUUUAUCACAGACCAUUCCAAAGGAAUCCUAAUAUAAAGUAAGAGAGAUAAAGUACAUCUCUCAUAGAGCUAUACUUAUGUUAUACUUAAUUAAUAGUCUUGUAUAUGGCAGUGCAGCGAUAAAUAAACGAGAUAAAAUUU